UGAUGUGUGAGUCAUGUAAGCUUUGUGUUUUUUAGCAGAUAUUAGUGUGUGUCUGCGUGUGUGUAAUGGAGAGGGUGAGUGUGUUAGGAGGCAAGAAGGGUGUCGAAGUAACAAAGGAAGUGAGCUCAGAAAGGAAGCUGGCAUUGAAUUAAAGGAAGUGGUACGGCACUGACUUUAAUUUGAGCUUCCUCACUGGUGAUUUGGGGGGAAAGUGGAAUGCUGUGACACUGAGAAUGUUGGAUGAUAGGGAAGGACGAGACAAGCAGAACCUCCUAAACACUCCUGCUACAGGGAAAAGAAAACACAUUUUUGAAAUUAGAAACUACGCGUACAGGGAGGAUGACAAGGGAAAGGGAGAGAAUGUGAGGAAAGGGAAGAUAGAAGGUGCCUACAGAGAUGUGGUUUGGGUGGUUUCCUGUACGCUACAAUCAUCUGUGCUUUGGACCCUGAGAUGAUGUUCCAACCAGAGUCAGAUCAGAUGUGUCCCGUUGAAUCAAAGAGCCCUCUGGACCUGAUAGACACAGGGAAAGGCUUGAAGGUCCAAACAGCUACUCCUCAUUUGGUCAGCCUGGGCAGUGGGAGACUGAGUGUGGCCAUCACCGUGCUUCCACUCAAAGAGGGUGUGACCCGCAUAGGGCGAGAAGAUGCUCCAGUUCCCCAAGAUAUUACGAUCCAGGGGCCAGGAAUCGAGGCAGAGCACUGUUGUAUCAUCAAUGAAGGAGGAGUGGUGACCCUGGAUCCUUGUGGUCACCUCUGCAGUCUUGAUGGAGUCCAAAUUAGCGUGCCUACACCGCUCACCCAAGGUUAUUCCCUGUGUUUGGGUAAAUCCUACUUUUUCCGGUUCAACCACCCUGAGGAGGCGAGCAGAAUGAAGAGCAUGCUUCCACAGAAGAGCCCUGUGUCUGCGCUAGCAUACAACACAGACUACCUAAAGUUCAGUAGUGACUACAGCUAUGCAGUGGCGGGUGGUACCAGCAGCACCAGGGGGAUGCGGUCUGCAUCUGAACUCCGAGACUUGAUGGACACCCUGCAGCGUAAGAAGAUGGCCCUGGAGAACAGUCUGAGAGCCAACGGGAAUACCAACCCCUCUUACUUUAGUGUAACGCAGUCUCCACCGACAACACCUGCCACAAGCCCUGCCACAUCUUCAUCUGCCUAUCAGGAGCAAGCAAGACGAUUCUACGGCACAGAUCGUCCACCCAUGUCUUUGAAAUGUGCCCCACCUCUUUCCCCUGGUCGUCGCUCCGACCCUUCUCUUCUGUCCUCCCGCUCCUCUACUGGCCGCAACCAGGAAGGUUAUAGCCUAAGUGAUUCCCGGCGACUGCAAAACCAGAGCCCCUCUCCUCUGAUGUCCACGUGGAAUGGCGGAGGCUCUUCAUCUUCCGUUUCCUGUAUUGAAAGCUCACUAAUAUCUCAUCCCCCCUCAUCCUCGUCUCGCACUUCAUCAGCAGGAGGUGCGGUCAGCAUGCCUUCAAGCCCCCGUCUGGGGCGUCGUAGCAUUGGAAACCAAGUACCGUCACCAAGCAGUCGACAGAGAAAGUACUCAGCAGGUUCUCUAAACGGGAUUCUGGGAGCGGGUCACAGCCGCUCUCUGCCUCGCCUCUGUCCCUCUGCAUCUUCCAAUGACAGCAGUAGAGGCUUAACAUUGUCCACACUGCCCCCACGCCGCUCUGAUAUUGGUGUGAGUUACAAGAUGAGCAAAGACAACUUCAACAACAACAGCCAUGAUUCCAACCACAACUCUUACAUCUCUACACAGCAGGGCGCAAACAGGAAUCAAGCACAGAACACUACUCAGGGAGAAAGUGUUGUGUCCAUCUCUCUCUCCUCUACUAAGAACAUGUCUUCCACAACCUCUUCCAUCUCCACCACAGCAACCCCUCCCGAUGUGACCAUUCCAUCCAAAGCAGGGGGUUCACCUCGUGUGGCAAAAAAACUCAGCCUGACCUCAACAUCUUCAUUGGGCACCAACAGCCCCACAGCCUCCAUCCUUUCAGACACAGAAGGGUUGGCCCACAGUGAAUUCUCCCAGACAACAGAACUGGGUUUAGAAAAGGAGAGGCAUGGGCCAGAUCUUGAAAUCAAUGUUGCCCAUAGUUUUGAUCUGGGAGAGAGGAGAUCUUCAUUCGGCAAGGCAGGCCUGGAACCCCGAAUAGGGCUGGGUGAGAGGAGGGCAUCAUUUGGAAAGGCAGGAGUGACUCCAUCAGGAGGGUUCAGGGAAAGAAGGGGGAGCAUCAGCUCACUGAGUGGGAAGGAGGAGCUGACUGACUACCACCACCGCCAAAAAGAAGAAAGGCUACGUGAACAAGAAGUGGAAAGACUGGAGCGACAGCGACUAGAGACUAUAUUAUCUCUGUGCUCGGAGCUCGGCAACGCUGACAGAGAUGGAGGCAUCACAACUACGGGCUCCACUUCAGCUGUGGCCAAUCUUCAAAAGAUCAACCAGGAGCUCGAGAAGCUCCGAGUGAAUGACGACGAUGACGACACGCCAUCAGUCUUUUCAGACAUUUCAUCUGUCAUUGAAACCACAGAGAACGGAUACAUGACCUCACCAGGAUCAGAAAAUGGCUACUACGAUGAUGAAAUACAAUUACGUCAGAGACGUAGAAGUGGUCACAGAGACAACAGGGCACAGUCACCUACAGUCAGUUUGAGAAACUUUGCCCCCUCACCUUCUCCACGCACACAAAGGACCAAUGAGGCUCUUGAGGAUGCAGCUCGUCACAUUAGACAGGAGGAGGAGGUGAGGCAGGUGAAGGAGGAGAGGAUGCAGGUGCUGAACAACAUGGAGGAACUGGAGAGAAAGAUCAAAGAACUGGACAACCAAAUGGAGGAGUCUGCAAGAGAGGUGGAGGUUGAACGAGCUCUGGUGGAGGCUGAGCAGGAGUCAGAAGUGGCAGCUCUGCAGCAGGAAAAGGAGGCUCUGGAAGCUCUUCACAACAAGAUGGCAGAACUGGAAAACCAGUCCCAACAGGAAAAAGAAAAGGCGUUUGAGUUGCUGGAGGCAGAAAGGGGCAGAGUAGAGAGGUUGGCUCAGAUUGUGUGUGAGCAGCGCUCCCAACUGGACAGCUGCCCUGAGGCCACCAAGGAGCCCCUGCAGGAGCAGCUAGCCAGGGACUGUGAGGUACUUGAAGCUGAGACAAAGCGUUUUGAGGACCUGGAAUUUCAGCACCUGGAAAAUGAAAGCAGGCAAGAUGACGAGAAGGAAACACAAACACAGCAACUUCUACGGGAGAUUGCAGACUACCAGCGCAGUACAGUCACUCGCAAGGAGCGACUGUCAACACUUAAAAAGCAGACGGCACAGAUCACCCAGCAAGCUCAGCGUGAGAAGGAAAGCUUCUUGAGUGAGAGGAGCAACCUGGAAUCAAUGAUGCAAAGGGAAAAAGAAAAACUUGCCUCUCUUGAAGGGAAACAUACCGAUCUCACUGGUAGUCGGGGUUUUACACUAAGAGAGGGUUAUGUCACAGUCAGUGAAAUCAAUGAGCUUUACUCACAGCGUAAGUCCGCCCCUGCUUUGACCAAUGACUCCUCAGAGUCCGAGGCAAACCCCUCCCGAGAUGAAGACACUCCAAAACCACAGGAGGAUGAGCUCUUUUAUUCUUCCUCACCUGCGAACUGUCCUUCCUCUCCCUCCUUUCAUCUAUACCCCCGCCCUUUUUCCAAACCCACCUGUGUACAUUGGCCAGAGAACAUGGUGUCAUACCGAGACCCCUCUCCCCUCCCUGAUUCUCCCCCUCCUCCUCUUCCUGUUAAAAAACACCGACCUCAGUCUGAGCAGCAUUUUCGUUUGCUUGAGGAAAGGAAGAGGUCUAAGGAAGAGGGCGGGUCCCAUCUAAGUGACACAUUACCCAGGAAGAAAACACCUCCCACCACACCCCGUCAGUUUACAUGUGCCACGCUUGGACGCACUUUCCCCACCAAGCCCCAUCAGCCCCUGGUACAGAGCACAAGUUGUGGCAGCAUUCUUCCAAGGAUUCUCUCAUUGUCCAACAAGGAAACUGAAAACCGUCUGCAUAAAGGUCAGUCAGGCUCUCGAGCAGCUUCUCAGACCAAUGUCUACCUCGAUACGUUUGGGUAUCGUGACAACCAGAGCUUCGACACGAUGAGUGUGGAUAGCAGUGAUUCCAUUGACACCAGCAUCUCUGCCUGCUCUCCAGAUAAUGUGUCCAGUGCCAGCACCUCAAAUGUGGCCAAACUGGAGGAGAUGGAGCGUCUACUGCGAGAGGCUCAGCUAGAGAAGAAUCGCCUUAUUGAGCACAAGGAACGAGAGAUGGAAAUACGAAAGCAGGCACUGGAGGAAGAGAGAAAACGAAGAGAGGAGCUGGAAAAACGUCUACAGGAGGAGACGAGCAGACGGCAGAAACUUAUCGACCGUGAGGUGAAACUGCGGGAGAAACAGAGGGCACAGUCUCGACCACUUACACGGUACUUGCCAGUCAGAAAAGAUGAUUUUGACCUCCGAGCUCACAUAGAGUCAGCGGGCCACAGCACAGAUACUUGCUUCCACUUGUCCAUCUCUGAAAAGACGUGUCGAGGAUACUUGGUCAAGAUGGGGGGCAAAAUUAAAACCUGGAAGAAACGCUGGUUUGUCUUUGACCGCAACAGACGUACACUCUCCUACUUUGCAGACAAACAUGAGGUCAAGCUGAAAGGAGUCAUCUACUUCCAAGCCAUUGAAGAAGUGUACUAUGAUCACUUGAAGAAUGCACACAAGAGUCCAAACCCAUCUUUGACCUUUAGUGUUAAGACUCAUGACCGGGUCUACUACAUGGUUGCUCCCUCUCCUGAAGCCAUGAGGAUCUGGAUGGAUGUCAUUGUCACAGGUGCAGAGGGAUACACCCAGUUCAUGGUGUAGUGGAGGAGUGAUGAACACAGGAUUUACCAACUCUGUCUGUUACUUUUUUAUGACUAACAGACCUUUUUUGUAGAAUUUGCUUGUAAAUGAUGGUCAACUAUGCUCAAUUAACACAGACAAUUCUCACGUAGAGAGACUGCUGAGUUAAAGUAACUUGAGAAAAUUAUGUAACAUUUAUUCUGCAUGAUGUGCAGAAUGGACAGGGUUUUAUAAUGUGGACCAUUUAUUUGAAAUAAAUACAAGGGUUUUAGAUCAUAAAUUUGACACUGUUAGUAAAUCAAAAGGUUCAAUUUCAGGAAAACGGUGCAUUGCAGUACUAUUUAAAUAGAGUUUACAACGAUGUAAACCUCAAACAUUUAUGGUGUGCCUACGUAUUUACAUCUCAUUCUAAUGUCAUUUAACCUUUUUAAUAAUCCAAUCAAAAAAGGUUUAACUGGCGUUAAAGAAAAUGACAAUGUCAUUUUUAUUUUAUUUUUACACACUAAUGCAUAUAAGCACAUGUAUUUUAGGUAGAUUUAUAUAUUUUUAAUACAUUUUUACCUUGAUUUUGCAGAUAUUUUAACUGUGGAAAUUCGCUGAUGUGAAUGCAAAUGCUUAAUCUCAUGAUUACUUUGUUUUGUUAUUUUUUACAAUAUAUGCAGACAUUAAAAGGUCUGCGUUUGUCCCACGUCUGUUGAAUCCUGAGUUUCUAUUGAAGUUCUCUGAGGUGCUGUUUUUAUGUAGUUACCGACACUAGUAAUCCUUGCUAGAGCAUAUUGACAUGAGGUGUACUUCAACACAAGACAUUGUGAAUACUAGUCCUUUGAUGGAUCAGUGCAGGGUUGUUUCACAACAGUGUUAACACUGGCUUAAAAAAACAGGCUGAAACAAACAGACUGCAGCGUCUUACAUUAAUCUUUUAUUGAGGUGAAGAGUUGUUACAUUUGUACAUUUUGCAGUAGUUGGUUUAAAAUUGUGAGUUAUCAAUCAGUUAUCACUUGAUUGGGUGCCUUAAUAUAUUUUUGCAACUGUUAUUUCUCUGUAUUUUGAAGAGGGUUAUUCAACAGAAGAAUUAAAACCAAACUGUCUUUGUUUAAAGAUGUAUCAGUGUGGAGGAAUAGGAGGAGGGUGGCCUUAAAUCAUCUAUGGUACACGUGCUCAGUUGUGCAUUGAGCAUGAAAACAGACCGAUCAUUGCGCUGCUGCCAUGAUUAGCUUUAAAGCCUUUGUGUAUUUCUUAAUCUAUUUUUCUAUACACUACAUUCAACAAGUACAUAGUUUCCAUUUACUGUUUCACAUUCUGUUAUGGUGUAGCAUUAUUUCCUCUUGUCCACCUCUGUGACAAGGCAUAAACUGAAUUAAAGAAAUAUAUGCAAAUUUAUUACAAAGAAACUAUUUUAUCAUUUUUGCUGAUCAUAUCUUACUGUAUUUAUGCCAAUACCAGUGCAUGUAUUUUUCUAUUUCUAUAUGAAUAAUAAAAUCUAUGUCUUCUUUUGA